GCAGUAACACCAUAACAGAAUAUCUCAUAUCAUAGCAGCACAAACGCUAAUUUCACCUGCACAAAUCAGCACAAACGUAGCACUAAAAAAGUAGGCCAUUUUGGCCCGUUUUGGAGCAGUCUGGGGGGAUGGUGACCUUUGAAUGACCUAUAAAAUAAUGUUUAAUAUCUCAAAAACCGUAGCAGCACAAACGCUAAUUUUAACUGCACGAAUCUGCACAAACGUAGCACUAACCGCUCCGCCUUUACGUUUCAAGUGGGUGGGGGGUCAGCUUCACUCUGUUUUUAUAGGUGAUCCUCACUUGUGUGCACGUGCAUGUAGGUGAACGCUCACGGCAUGACGUCACACAGCUCAGUUCCUUUCUGCUUUGAUCUUGCAGCACGUGACCUCCACUCGAGUCCUCAAAUAGGGGUGAAACGUAUCACUAAACAAUUUUCAAAGCUAUCUUUAACUAAGACAGAGCAAAGAGACACAUAUUGAAAAAUAAUGACCAAUCAAACAGGUAGGAGUGGUCCGGGAAUCCCAAUAGACAAGGAAGAAAACAGAGAAAUAUACAGAGUUAGGUUGGAAAACUGUAUGGAAAACCAAGUUAGGCGAGUGGUAAAAAAAUCAGGCGAAGUCAUCAGUGAGGAAAAAGUCGAAGCCAUUUACAAGAGGCUUACCAAUAAAAUCUGGGCUGAAGUCGAGGAUCAAUUUGAUGAGAUUCUUAUAGUGGACUUCAACAAGCUCUACAACAUGAUUUUCAAAGCCCUGUGUGAAAAGUGGAAAAGUGCAGAAACAGUGCUGCUAAUAAUGAAAUUAAAUCUUCCACUUAUUGACAACACAAUUGUGGUAACCUUUAUAGAAGAGGCAGCCAAACUAAUGAUAAGAAAUCAAAGAAACGCAUAUUCAAAAACAACAGAAACCAACACAGGCAGGAGUGAUCCAGGAAUUCCAAUAGACAAGAAAGAAAGCAGCAGAAAUGACAGAUUUAGGUUGGAAAAGUGUAUGGCAGUCCUGGUUAAGCGAUUGGUUAGAAAAUCAGGUGGAGUCAUCAGUUUGGAAGAAGUUAAAGCCAUCUGCAAGAGGCUUACCAGCAAAAUCUGGGCUGAAAUGGAGGAUCAACUUCAUGUAAAUCUCUUAAUAGAGUCUGACAGGCUCCCAGAGAUGAUUUUCAACGGCCUUUGUAAAAAAUGGCAAAGUGCAGAAAUAGUGCUGCUAAUGAUGAAAUUAAAUCUCCCACUAAUUGACAACAUAAUUGUUGUAACUUUGAUAGAAGAGGCAGCCAAACUAACAAAGAGAGAGCAAAGAAGUGCAUAUUCAAAAACAAUAGCAGCAAACACAGGUAGGAGUGAUUCAGCUUUUAUUUCAGAGCCUAAAGAAAAUGUAAUGCCCGGAAAUGUGACAAAUACAGAAGAAAAAAGUCAUAAUCAUACUUGUAACGCUUGUAUUGACAGGAAAAACAUUUCAAUACAAAAUCAGAAAACAACAGAAACCGAAGAAACUGGAACUCCAAUAGAAGAGAAAAAACAGAGAGAGAAAAAGAGAUUAUAUUUGGAAAUGGGUAUGCAAUUCCUGGUUAGGCGAUUGGUUAGAAAAUCAGGUGAAGUCAUCAGUUUGCAAGAAGUUAAAGCCAUCUCCAUGAGGCUUACCAGCAAAAUCUGGGCUGAAAUGGAGGAUCAACUUCAUGUAAAUCUCUUAAUACAGUCUCACAGGCCCUUAAAGAUGAUUUGCAACGCCCUUUGUAAAAAGUGGCAAAGUGCAGAAACAGUGCUGCUAAUGAUGAAAUUAAAUCUCCCACUCAUCGACAACAUAAUUUUUGUAACUCUCAUAGAGGAAGCAGCCAAACUAUCCAAGAGACCAAGUCGCAUAAGUCGAUUUUUCUCAUUUGUAGGUCGACUUUUUUCCUCCUGUCUGUGCUGCAUGCAGAGUUCCAACACAGCUGACUGCGGUGUGGAACAACAAAUCAUUGUGUUUCAGAGCCUGAAAGAGGCUGAAAACAAGCCUGAAAACGAGAAAAGAAAUAGUAGUCAUGCGACUGUGUGUUCUUUCUGUAACUUUAAGAACUGUAACUGCUCUUUCAACGUUAAUGUCAAAUUGAGCAUCCCGAAACUAUUCAGUUUAGUGUAAUGCAGAGAAAGAGCUGCUGCUUUAAAGGCAGUACUGAUGACUAAAUUGUCAUCUUGAUUUUUUUUUCAAAUACCUCUUUUAAAAUCUUAAAGCAGUCUGGCCUCAGAGUUAACAUCAGAGGUAUAUUUUAUUUUAAAACUAUUUCAUUCGACUUUAAUUAGACUGAGAAAUAUUCUUCACCGUGUCUCCUCGUAUUAUCGUUACCAUCACACCCCAACGGCCGAGGCAGACGGCCGUCCCUUCUGAGCCUGGUUCUGCCGGAGGUUUCUGCCUGUUACAGGUAGUUUUUCCUCCCCACUGUCGCCAAGUGCUUGCUCAUAAGGGAUUAUUCAUUAAUUGGGGUUUUCUUGCUGCUACUGUAGGGUCUCUAUCUUACAGUAUAAAGCAACUUGAGGAGACGGUUGUGAUUUGAUGCUAUAUUAAACAUCUUAAAUUCAACUGAAUCUUAAAAUGUAAUAUAGCAUCACAUCACCAUCAAAUCAAGAAC